AUGCCCAAAACCACCGUCACCGUCAAGGAAAAGACCCGCCAAAAGACAACGGCAAACUCGCGCUCUCCAUUUGAGAACGGAGCUUCGUCCAAACCUGUUGAUGAGAGCGACGCUUCCGACGUGGAAAUGGAGGUCGACGGCGCUGAGACCGAGAAAGUGCGUGAGAAGGAUGAGGCGGAGAAGAAGCUGGAGAGAAUGCUCUUCGGUGAUGACGAGGGUUUCAUCGGCGCAUUGAGGAGCCAGGAUCGCGAUAUUAUGGCGUUGAUGGCGAAGAGCGAUGAGGAAGGUAGUAGUGAAGAGGACGAGGGCGAUGAUUUUGACGAUCGGGAUUUGUCAGAUGUUGCCGAUGCAGAUCUCUUCUUCCUCGAUUCUGGCACUGCACCAGUUGGUACUGAGCUUGCAGAAACUUCCGCAGCGGGGUCCGACUCUGAGGAAGACACAGAAGCGGAGGAGACGCAUCGCGCGGUGUGGCACGACAGCGACGAUGAGCGCCUCACGAUUUCGCUGGCUAGUCACCAGAGGUUGAGAAAGUUGCGCGUUACCGAGGCGGAAGAUGUUAUCAACGGCAAGGAGUAUAUCAAGCGACUUCGCAGACAGUUCGAGCAGCUGCACCCCGUACCGGACUGGGCCAACCCGGAAUUGAACAAGAAACGGACUGAUUCGGACUCUGAUCGUGACAGCGACAUGGAUACGGACGAUGAGAAUGAGCGGCUAUCUACGCAACCAUUGGCCAAGCUGCUGCAAGGUGCUACUGAUCUGACCAAGCUUGGUGAAAGUACAGGCCCCGGAGGCAAGAGAAAAUUGCGACAGGAGGUGAUAGAUAUUCACAGACUUAAGGAUGUUGGCAAGGAUCAGCCAUCUUCCAUCGACUCACUCAUGUUCCACCCUCACUAUCCAUUGCUUCUGUCGUCCGGACCUGCAGCAACACUUUUCAUCCAUCACAUCUCACCCUCUGCGGAGGCUCCCAAUCCUCUCCUCACGUCACUCCAUAUCCGCCGUACGCCCAUCCACACCUCCGCUUUUGCUCCUCCUACCGGUAACAAGAUCUUUGCCUCUGGUCGUCGACGAUACUUCCACAUUUGGGACCUCGAUAGUGGUAAGGUCGAGAAGGUCAAUGGCACUGCGGAUCGUAAAGAGGAACAGAAAUCCAUGGAGCGGUUCAAGCUUUCACCCUGUGGGCGGUAUGUCGGACUGGUCGGCUCCUCCCGCAAAGGAGGUGGCAUCAUCAACAUUCUGCACUCGGAAACGGCGCAGUGGAUUGCCCAGGUUCGCGUGGACGGCCGUGGGGGUGUCGCCGAUUUCGCCUGGUGGAGUGACGGAGAAGGUAUGACUGUCGCCAGCAAGAACGGUGAGGUGUCCGAAUGGGACGGACGUCUGAACCGGGUUGUGGCUCGCUGGAUGGACGCCGGUGCGGUGGGCACGACGACACUCAGCCUUGGUGGACGCUCUGGACGGACACAGUUGGGUGGAGACCGUUGGGUUGCCAUUGGAAGUUCCAGCGGCGUAGUCAAUGUCUACGACCGUCGCGAAUGGGCGGCCGCAUAUGCUGCACAGGCUGCCUCUUCCGGAACGUCGCCAAUCCCCCGUAACCCGGAGCCUGUACGUGCCUUGGAUCAACUCACUACACCCAUCAGCCAUCUGGUCUUUGCACCAGACGGGCAGUUCCUUGUCAUGGCUAGUCGGUGGAAGCGGGACGCAUUGAGAUUGGUUCACCUUCCCACUUGUACAGUGUACCGCAACUGGCCGACAUCCAACACGCCCUUUGGCCGUAUCUCGUCAGUAGCUGUAUCCCCUGGCUCGGAUCAGCUGGCAGUCGCCAACGAGCAGGGACGUAUUCGACUCUGGGAGAUUCGCGGGUAG